AUGAACAAGAUAAAGAAAACGUUUGACUUACUCUCCCUGAUAUCGGUGUUAUACUUAUUAAAUGUUUCAGUUGGCAAACAGUGCAAAACAGCAGAAGCAUCUAUUUCGGGGAAAGCUCUCAUGGGUUACACGUUUAAAUCUUUGGCUGUGCGGGCACCGUUUGAAUGUCAAGUACUUUGUGAGAACACUUUUCAUUGUCAGAGUUACAACUUUUUCUUACCGAGAAAAAUUUGUGAAUUAAACAACAGAACUAAGGAAGCAAGACCAAGAAACUUUGUCACGGAUGAAGAUCGAUUUUACGUGAGGAGCUGGCCUAACAGAGUUUCCCUAGGCACCAUUCCUGAGUUGUCAGCUGAGUCCUGUAUGGAGAUCGUCUCCAGCGAAGAAGAAAAGGUUGUCAGCGGUUUGUACUGGCUUAAUUUCAGAGAGCUGGGAAUAAUAAAGGUAAUUGUAUAUUGCGACUUUACACGUGCUAGACAUGGGUGGAACCUCAUAGCUCGAUUCUCAAACACUGAUACAAGGCACUGGAUGCUUGAUUCUGGUCAUUGGUGGUAUGAUAGAAGGGAGGCUUUCGGAGAAACUACUGAUCCAUCUGGCAACACUGACAUGAUAUCACCGUUAUUUUGGCUGCUUAACGGAAGUGAUUUCAAGAUCACACGCAGCGAUGACUCAGAGCAUACUGCUCUACUGCAAACCACAGAUAACUGUCUAGGAGGACACACAUUCCGUUCUAAAGUCACAAACUACGGUGAUUUCAGAAAUGGCACAAUUUGGCCCAAUGCAAGGUGCUUAGGAACAUGCAAAGUGCAAUAUGAUGGACAGUACCAAAUUACUGACGGCUUCGUGCGGGCUUCAUGUAACGGCAGCCUGCAAGCUGCUGAUAAGGUUGGCUUUUGGUGUGAGAUUGGUUGGAGCGGCUCCGUGAUUAUGAUUGGAGGAGCCGGAGGUGCAUGUGGUACAACGUAUCACGGGAUAGGCAUCACAACGGCAAAAGAGGCUUCAUUCAGUGCAGAAAAUGGACGGGCUGAAGAUGAUUUUGGAAAUAGUCCGUGGGGCUCAUCUGAACGGAGUUACUCAUUAAACUUGUGGAUAAGAUGA